AUUGUGGUGCGGGGAGGCAAGAUGAGAGGGCUCCUUCUGGCGUCUCUUGUCCUCCUGCAGCCCUUCGCCGUGCCCGGGCUGUCUGGAGAGCCCCGCCAGAGCGACCACACGUGGUGCCACGGGUCCGGGGCUUGCUACAGCGUCCACCUGGCCAGCCGGAACUUCAGCGGGGCUAAGGAGGCCUGCGCCGUCUACGGGGGAACGCUGAGCACAGCGAGCGGAGAGGCCGAAAUCCAGGCCAUCUUCGCGCUCCUAAGAGGGGCCGCCAGCGGGCCCGGCCCCUCCAUGUUUUGGCUUGGACUGGUCCGGAAGCCUCCGCAGUGCACCUAUCGAGAGCUGCCGCUCCGGGGCUUCUCCUGGGCCCCCGUAGGGCUUCCUAAGACGGGGGCGAACGAGACCCUGGUGACCCCGUCCUGGGUAAAGGAGCCAAGCAUGUCAUGCACCACGGAGAAAUGCGCCGGCCUGCAGGUGACGGCGGGGGAGCCUCGCUUGCAGCAGUGGGGCCUGAAGGAGCGCUCUUGCACCAAGACAAGCCCGGGUUACAUCUGCAAAUACCGCUACGAGGGCACCUGUCCCGCUCUGCAGCCGCCCGGCGCUCACAGCCUGCUCUACACGCUCCCCUCCCGCCAGCAAAGCGCCCACCUGGCCUUCAGCCCGCCGGGCACUGUGCUUACCCUGCGGUGCCCCACGCGAGAAGCGCGCUUCACUUGCCAGGUCUCGCCCGACGGCUACCGAUGGGAAGGCGCGGAAGGCGAGCUCUGCUCCUGCCCCAGCGGCUACUGGAGCCCGAGCAAGAGGCAGUGCGUAGAAGCAGCCGCCUGCCUGGGCGCCCAGGGCGCCUUCCUCUGUGUCUGCGCCUGGGGCUUCCACUUGGCGGCGGACGAGAGGUCCUGCCUGCCGGGCGGCAAGGAAACAACUGCAGGGACCCCUGGCCUAUUCACUCCCACAGCGGGUGGAGCUUUGUCUCCCAGCAGCUCCAGCCCGGGGAAUGACAGCAGCUCGCCGGCGCCCGAGGCUAACAGCAGCGCCCCUGAAGUCGAAGCGCCCUUGGCCUAUGCUGAGCCCUCCAACUACGUCUUCAUCCUGAUCACGGUGGCGGUGGUGCUGCUGGUGAUCCUGGUCAUGGCCUCGCUGCAAGUCUUCAAGGCCUGCUUCCAGGCCUGCUCCUCGAAGGGAGCGCUGUCCGGCAAGGAUCUCUCCCCAGCUGCGGUCCCAGAAGGUGACCCGGAGGCCUCCGCCACUCGCACCAGCUCCGAACACUCCCUGGGGCCAAGUAAGGCAGAGUCCGCGGAGGCUUCUCAGGGCGAUGUGGAGCCAGUGAUUGGAAAGGUGGAAUUGGAACAGACCUAAAGGGUCUGGGGCUGUGCGCCAGAGACAGUGGGCUGCAUCGGACGAGGGAUACUGAAACGAAGCAAGAAAAUUUUAAUUUUGUUUGCAGGGAGACUUCUUUGUACUGUAGGCAGCUGUGCAACUGAGCACUGCUCUUUUACAAGUAUACUUGGCCCAUCUGCAUCUUUUUGGAUUCUGCAUCUUUUUGGAUUCCGUUUGGGCAUAAUGAAAAGUGGAACAAAUCUCAAUAGGUAUACAGAAUUUGACUGGCUGUUUUUUUUUAAACAAACUCUUGUAAAAUCUCAAAUUCAUUAGCAUCUAAUUUCCAGCCAUGCACAGGAGUUGCCAGAUGGCCUUUCUGUUACAGGAAUGACCUUUAUUUCAGGCUGUCAAAGAAUAUGACACUACCAGGCCAUAACUGGAGAGAUAUUUUAGCCCUGUAGUGCUCUAAUGUUUUGAGAUUUUCAUCUGCUAACAUUUCUCAUGUAUAGAAUUGUUUUUAAUAAAGGGAGAAAUGAUGGCACUGGGGCAAAACAAAACCAUGCAUACAGGGCACUGUAGUACAGCUUAAAUAUUAUUGAACUUAAAAGAUGAAUAGUAGGUGAAAUACUUCUCGUUUGUUCUUUUGUCUUCUGAGGAUUUAUUAACUUGAGAAUUUGAGAUGGUUUAUUUUUACUACAGAAGAAUAACUUGCCCGCUCAUACAGGUCUUCCCCAUAUAUGCACUUAACUUACGGGUUGCUGACAAAAUUGUACUUGGAAUAUGAAUCAAUAAUGAAUUGAUCAUAUAAGAAGAUGAUAUCUAGGCAUAUAUUUAAACAACUAAAGCAGCAGUCUUAUUAGUCACUUUACAGAACUGAGGAUCACAUUGUAAGGCUGCCACCCUUGGCACAACUGGAAGUCAGUUCCACUGAGAUAACCAGAACUUACUGCAAAGUAAAUUCAGAAAUGGCUAGUAAGUCAACUUCAGUCUGUAGUUUAAUUUUGUUCCAGAAUUUGGAAAUUUAUCAAUAUUCAUAAUGCUGAGGAAGGCUGUGACCCCAAGAGUAAUGAGCUAUCUGCCAAUAACAGUUGUUAACUGCCCCUCCCCCCCAUAUUUUUAUGUUAGGUAGCAAUCCUAAAUGCCCUUGCAUUUAGGAUGGCUACACUUAUACCUGUGUACACUGACGGUCCAGGAAAUGGCCCCAGUUCAGAGUACACUUAGACACAUCUUUAUCACUAAAAUCACUGGGACUACUGCGACUAAGAUCUGUGCUAGACUGUGUUUAGGACUGGAGUGGAAGAGUGUGUGACUACACUUUCUCAGAAGCAAAGCAAUUUUAGGGAAGAUCACUGUUUCAUGGGCUACAAAUUAGAAGCCUGACAGUGCAAGGGAGAAGCCCAUGUUGUGGCUCCUCUCCUCACCAACGUUAAUUGUCUAUAACUAUGCAAAAAAAAAGUACCCAUUGUAAUUAAUGUUGUACAGAAAGUUAUGCUUCCAGAAACUGUAAAUGUAUGAAUAACAUUUAUGGAAAUAAUCACAAAGAGACUUAUGACACCUUAAAGAUUAGUACAUUUAUUAUAGCAUAAACUUCUAUGAGCUCACUUCAUCAGAUACAUGAUUACACUUAAUUGGCAUUUGGUAUAUCAUAUAUCAAGUAGUGCAGGCACUGUGAAAAAUCUUGACCAACAUCUUGGGUGGCUACA